AUGACUUGUUCUCUGCAGACCCUUUGGGGGGCCGGUGGGCUGCUCUGUCUGGGCCUCCUCGUCUUCCAGUCCGCUGUCCAUACAGGAGAAGCUGGAGUGCUCACCGAAGUGCAGUCGGGCCCCCUGUAUCGUGUGAUAAACCGAUCCCUGUCCAUCUCCUGCAAUACAAGCGGGUUUCGAGACGCAAACGCCAAGCAAGAAUUCCAGUUCCGCAUACACAAGGUCGGGCAUCCACUGAGAGAUCUCCAAAUCAUCAGCACCAACGACGUGGGCUUUACCUAUAACUUCUACAGAAAGCGUGUGAUGAAAAACGAGAUCACUGUGGCACAUGUGGCACCUACCUCGGUCCUCUUCACGAUCAAAAAGCUGGAGGAGAGUGAUGAUGGGGAGUAUGAAUGCUUCGUUGUUAAUUCAGAGAAAUCCUUCUAUGGGACCUACGCUGCCAAGACCACAGUGAAAGUGAUCGGCGACUCCUUGACCAUUUCGUCGCCCGACACCGCUCCUCUGAGUCUAAAUGAAGGCGACAUGUUGACUCUAACCUGCCAAGCUUCCACCAACACGGUCCAGCACACCCAUCUGUCCGUCACCUGGUAUCUCCAUAGAGAAAAGGAGGACAGCGCCCGGCCUAUCAUCUCUCUGGACAAGGACUUCAUACUGAUUCCAGGGGAGGCGUUUGAAGGGCGCUACCAAUCAGGGCUCAUUGCACUGGAUAAGGUGGGUGCGGCCACAUACAGGCUAAAGAUCGCCAAGUUGGAGUUGUCAGACAGUGGAAGGAUCUACUGCCAGGCCCAAGAGUGGAUCCAAGACCCGGACCGCUCCUGGUUCUCCAUCUUACAGAAGGACGCACAGGCAACCACCCUAAAUGUCAAAGCUAAAGGGCUGGUGCUAGACAAGGGUUCCUUAUCGGUAAGAAUGUCAGUGCAGCAGGCGACUCUGCAGGAAGGGCAGGAGCUGGCUAUAUCCUGCAGCGUCGAUACCGACAACCCAGCUGGACAGUUCUUCUCUGUAGCCUGGCUGCGGGACAGCGUGGAACUGGCCAAGGUUGGCCCUACGGGUGUUCUGUCCAUCGGGCCUGAGUACAGCAUCCGAGAGAAGGGUGGCGAGCUGAGGGCAACCCGGACCAGGGACAGAGAUCAUCAGCUCAUCUUGCGGCCAGUCAGAACACAAGAUCAGGGAGAGUACCGCUGCAGAGCUUGGCCUGAGGACAGAGGCCCGGAUGGGGCCUUCACACAGGGGGCAGCGCAGGAGUCCAGCCCCCUGCCAGUCACCAUCUCAGCCACAGCGAGCGGGCUGUCAGUUGAGAUGGUCAAAACGGAUGUAGGCGUUGAUGAAGGUGACGUGCUGCGACUCACCUGCAAGGUGAAUGGGGUCAAGGGUCAGCUCUCUGUCUCCUGGCAACACUCGGCAUCCAGAGCAACGCAGUCCUCCAGGAAUGUCAUCACCCUCAGCCGGGAGGGGGUUGUGGAGCCAGGGGUGGACUUUGGAGAACGUAAUAUUACGGCAAUGCGUCCAGCCACGGACACCUUCACCCUGGUGUUGGAUGAGGCCACCCGCUCUGAUGCAGGCGUCUACCAGUGUGUUGUGUCUGAGUGGACUGUUGGAAGCAAUGGCAAAAUCAGCGCCACAAACAGCCAAUCACAGAGUGGCACUGUGGCUGUCACUCCAUUGGAAUCCUCGCUAAAAGUGACCCUAAAAAGUCGGGGAAAUAUAGCGACCAUAGGAGAGGACGUGGAGCUGGUGUGCCGGGUCCAAGGGCCGCGCCUGCCGAUGACUUUGACGUGGACCCUGCAGCGCAGCGGUGCCUCGUCCCCGGACAGCAUCCUGACGCUGCGCUCCAACGGCGCAAUAGCUUGGUGGGGAGACCAGCGCCGCUUCCAGAUAAAAACGACCGUCCUGGAAAAGGCAGCCGACCAUACUUUGAUCAUCAAUGGCGCCAGCAGCGGGGAGGCGGGACUCUACCAGUGUCAGGUGUCGGUCUUUCUGGAAAAAAGCCACAGGAGGAUGCCACCAUCUAACCUGCUGGCAGUGAUGGUGAAUAACCCAGUGAGCAAACUCUCCCUGACCUCCAGCCCCGCUGUGAGAGAAAACAUCAACGCCGACGUCGAACUGAAAUGCUCCGCUGUAAAGACAACCUCUGCGGUCUCCCGCCUUUCUGUCUCCUGGUUGGUUGACCGGCCCGCGGAGAACAGCCGGCUCAUCCUGACCUCUGACCACGACGCUGUCGUCACUUUCGGAGCACAGGGGGAGUUGAGCGACGCGCAGCGAAUCAGCAUGAAGCGCGGCGAGGGGCGUAGCUUUGAGCUGACCAUUCGUAAGGCCCGGAUCAGGGACGGUGGAACGUACCGCUGCGUGGUGGCGGAGUGGCUGCAGGAUUCCCGCGGCCAAUGGUACGAGCUCUCGUCAGUCAACAAGACCACGGUGCUGGAAAUAAUGGAGGCAGCCAGUGACUUGGGUGUUGGCGAGAAAGAGCAACAGAUGAUGACCGUAGAAGGGAACGAUUUGGAGCUCAACUGUACGCUGACCUCAGGUGGAUCCGACCCGUCUCUCCUUUACACCUUCACUUGGUUUUACACGGGACCCGACCCUGUCCUCAAUAAGCGCCCCCUGGUUAAACUGGACUACAGUGGCCUACUGAGGUACCCGGAGAGUCAGGAGCUCCUGGGCCUGCAGGGCAGGCUUCGUCUCUCCAGGCCCACUCGCAACAACUUCCAUCUGGGAAUUAAGAGGGCCCAAGUGGAGGACAGCGGGACCUAUCAGUGCCAAGUGGAGCAGUACCAGCUGGAUCACCAAGGCAGCUGGCAGCAGAAAACCUUGGUCAAUUCAGGUCCAGUCACACUGGCCGUCAAAGCUACUGAGAUAAACCUGGCUGUAGCAAGAGAGGACGCGAAGCUGAACACGACUGGACCUCAGCACUUCACCGUGCCCUGUAACAUCACUGCAAAAUCCAGCCAGUCGUCCACAUUACAGGUCACAUGGUUUUGGCAACAGCACUCGGGGUCCGAGCGUCUCCCCAUCUUCAUGGUAUACCGUAACUCCACCCUGCAAGACAGGAGCGGGAAGGGCGAGCGGCUCAGGUUUGAACACCCUGCUCCCAACCGCUUCAGCCUCACAGUGUCCAAGCCAGUCCCCGAGGAUGGCGGCCUUUACUUUUGUGAGGUGGAAGAGUGGCUGCUCUCUCCAUCCCGGGGCUGGAGGAAGGUGGCAGCGGAAGUGUCUGGAGAGUUGUCCGUCAGUGUCUCCACAGAAGAGGAGACGGGGUUUUCUGUCGGCACCUUGCCGGGCGUCCUCGCAGGCUUCAUCGUCUGUCUGCUGCUGGUUGUCGUCCUACUGGUGUUGAAGAUACGCCGCGGCCGGGUAGCAAAGAAGCCAGCCGACUCUCUGUGGGCAGACGAACCUCUGAAGGAGAGACUCGGCGCAGACGCCUGA